AUGGCCGGCCCUACUGCUCCAGCCCAAAGGGGAAGAAGUGUGCUAGAGCAGUCCCGGCACUUACCCCCCACCCCGCCCCUCUCACCCCCGCCCUCCGACAUAGAGGCUAUCAAGAAGAUGGUUGACGAGCCGGUGGGACUAGCAGACCCCGAGAAGAAAGGGACAGCCAGAGGUAUGGGACAGGACCUGCUAGCAGCCGUCCGGAAAAUGUACGACGCGUCUCAGUCACAGACUGGAAACAUCUCGCUGGCCAACUUCUGCAAGGUGGUGGCCGAGGAAGUGAAGGAAGCCGUUAAUGGGGCCGGGACCCAGGACAAAGGAACCUGGGCCGCAGUGGCCGCUCACAGGGCUGUCCCCCUUCAGUCACAACCCAACACCCCGACAAAGAUAUUAGUGCCGACCCGCAUAAAUAAGGAGAUCCUAGUCAGAGGCAGAGGAAUGCCUGCCGAUCUCGCGAAGCGCACCCCGCAAGAAACCAUCCAGGCGGUCAACCAAGUGGAGGCUUUUGGAGAGCAGGCCGAAGAGAGCAAGCGAACCUUUGCAGUGCUGCUGAAAGGCGUGUGGAAGAAGAACCUCCAAGGGGUCACCGAGGAGGAGUUCGGGAAGGAAACUGGCCUCCACACAGUCGAUAAAGUGAAGUUUAGAGUGCCGAGACACAGGGAGGCGACCCCGGCAACGAUGCUGGUCGCUUCAACCUCCCAGGAGGAAGCACGCAAGGCGUGCGACGAGGGAGUGAUCUGGAGGGCUCAACUACUGGACUGCGAGCCUUACUGGGCUGCCCUCAGUCCAACGCAGUGCUACAAGUGCUGGAAGUGGGGGCACACGCAGCACUAUUGCAAGGCGACUCCAUUGUGCCGGUGUUGCGGGACCAAAGCCCAUGGAGAGGGCGGCAGGGAAGGCGAGGCCCAGUGCCCUACUCACAAAAAACGAAAUUCCGCUACGGUGCCUGGCCUGCGGAGGAAGACAUCCGGCGUGGUCAGGAGAGUGCCCGGAGAAGUCGAAGGUCCUCGCGAAGGCCAAGGAGGCCUACCAAUUCCGACCACGGACAUACGAGACCGCAACCACGAUCUCUGCCAUCGCGACUCACACGAGCGCCCCCACGUUCAGCUUCGGCGCUGA